AUGUCAAAAUUACAAAUGAUUAAUAAAGUAACGCCUAAUGCCUCAUCAGAUGUGAAAAAACCAAUCGAACGCAAUAAAAAGUUAGCAUCAACAUCUGAAACUGACUUAAAGAAACGAGUUAAAGUUACAAAACCUACUAUAUCGUCUGUAGGUAAAAAAAGUCCUGAAUUCAAAAAAUCUUUAUCAAAUCCAGAUGAUGCUAAAAAACUAUUAUUCAGACCCGAUGGCACUCAGAAACAAGUAACUGAACAUGACGUAACUCAAUUAUCGGAACACGCUAAAACUCACUUAAAUGUCGAGUCGGAAAAUGCUACGAAAGUUCGAACUUCCCAAGUUAAACCUUUAGUUGGAAUUGACGUUUCAAAAAGUUCCAAACCUUUAAUUAACAGAAAUAAUCCAGUAACAGGUACAAAAAAACGACCAACUUCAAUUAAGGUUUCGUCGUCGACAUCCACGGAUAACAAGGGAAAAGUUUCCGCUGAAUCACCCAUGAAAAGCAGGCAUACAACUCCUGCUGUAAAUAACAAAAACAAACGACGUAAUUCUACAAGUUUCGGUUCACCUAAAGAAUAUUCGUCUAACGAUUCUACAACCGUAUCUCCACGAUCUGCGUCUCAUAAACGUACAACAUUUGAACGCACAAGGCAACGUUCAUACACAAUACCUAGUAGUGCAGCUCCAAAUUUGACUUCCAUUUCUGAAAUCCCAAAAGGACAUGAUUUUGUCACACCUUUCACAUCAGAACUUACCCAACAACAAGUGCCUACUACUCCGAUUGGUGCUACCAGGAGAGUUUCAAAUGCUUCUUCUGUAACUUCCGAAGAUAGUUUAUUUCCACUUUCACCUACUUUUUCGUCUGCAACUUCUGAAGGAAGUUAUUAUCGUAUAUCUAGAUCUUCUUCUAUGGCCUCUGAAAAUGAUUAUAAAUUUAAUUCUUAUUAUGACGAACUAAAUGAUGAAAUAGAUAAUUAUGUACAAAAUGAUUAUUUAAAUGAUGAUUUUACUGAUGAAUUUGAUUAUGACGAUAAGUUAAUGAUGGACUUAUCUGAUAGUAAUUCUGAUUUAGAUGAUUUCUUUUUCGGUUCUGAGAUUACUUCAAGUGAUCUUUACAAGAAAUUCAAAGAAUCUAAAAAAUCUCGAAAAAACUCAAAUCCUGAUGUGAAAAAGUCGAAACCUUUGAAAACUUUUGUCGGUUCAACCAAAGAAUCCUCAUUAAACAAUGUGGAUAGUCAUGAUAUGAAUUUUGAUAUUACCUUUGAAUAUAAUAAAACGCAUGAUGAUUAUGAAAUGAUUUCGACUUGGCAGGAAUUUAUCACUCCUGAACAUGAACAAUAUGAUCCAACGAAUAACUUUUCCGUUUCUAAUUUUAAUGAAGAUUUUGAAAAUACUAUCUCUACUGUCAAAUCAGAUAAAAUAUCUUCAAAUAAUAUUUAUAAUAGUGUAAAGACAAUCGAAAAACAAACAAUUUUAAAUGAUAAAAAUGAUAAAAAUAUGGCUUAUAAUCAUGAUGCAAAACAUGAUACAAACCAUGAAGUUGAUGAAAUAAUGCGGUUUGCUUUGGAUGAUGGAAACAAAAUUGUGAAUGAUUCUUCAUUCAGAAAACCUAGAAAGAGUUUUGGUUCACGAGAAGAUUUUGAUAAACGAAUCGAUGAAAUUUUGGAUGAAAUUCUCUUUGACAAUGAUAAAAAACCACAAAAUUCUUCCGUCAAGAUUGAAGAAUCUACAAGGAAUGUUGUGCAAAAUGAGUUAGAUAAAUCUUCUACUUUGGUAGAAAGUAUUGAACCAUGCAAUGUAACUAAUCCGAAUUUAAAUGAUGACGACGAGGAAAUCUAUUGUAGUGAUAUUGAUGAUGAGAUUGAAAAAUUGAUGAAGGAAAUUGAACAAGAUGAAUUUGAACUUAAAACAUUGGAAGGUUCAGAAAAUGACGCACCAGCUGUAGAUAAAAUUGAGCAGAGAACUGCAUCCUUGGAAGAUGAUGGUAUAAACAAUAUUGAUCAUUGUAUCAUAGAUAAUCAUUCUGCUUUAGAAAUCACUACGCAUGAUGGAAUACAAAACAAUAAUAUGCCACCAAUAGUUAAUUAUUAUAAUAUUGUACAAGACGACGCAUUAGAUCUAAAUGCAGAACAGUCUAUGGUGCAAGAAAGAAUUACGUUAAACCAAGAGGAGAAUGCGUUUACACCGGAUGAGAAUGUGCUCACAUCAGAUGAGAGUGCGCUUACACCGGAUAAUAAUGCGCUUACAUCAAAUGAGAGUGGGUUGACACAAUAUGAGAGUGGGUUGACACAGGAUGGGAGUGCGUUAACACAGGAUGGGAGUACAUUGACGCAAUAUGAGAAUGUGUUGACACAGUAUGAGAAUGCAUUGGCACAAUAUGAGAAUGCGUUGACACAGGAUGAGAGUUCGUUGACACAGUAUGAGAGUAUGUUGGCACAAUAUGAGAUUGCGUUGACACAAUAUGAGAACGCGUUGACACGGGAUGAUAGUGCGCUAACACAGGAUGAGAGUACGUUGACACAGGAUGAUAGUGCGUUGACACAGGAUGAAAGUACAUCACAGACGGUAAAAGAAAACAUGAUAGUUGAUGAGGAGACAGUUUAUGAGAAUAUACAAAUUGAGACAGUAUUGGACAAUAACGAUAGUGAUAUUCAAAACAAGGUUAAUCUUGAACAAUGUACUAUACAAGAAGAAAUAAUGGUUACACGAGAUAAGGAUUCAUUAUUUAUAGAGAAAGAUGAUAUAAAACAAGAGCAGUUUCAAAAAAUAAUAGAUGUGAAUUAUAAUCCUAUGGAAAAUGAUCUAUUUAAUCUGGAAAUAAAACAAUCUACUACACAAGGAGAUAGCAUUAUAAUACAUGACGAUAAUGUAUUGCCAUCGGUAGGUGAUCAAGAAAGGAUGAUGGAAUAUCCCACGCAAAAUUAUAAUGGUUUAGAGACUGAGCAGUCCAUUAUACAUGACCAAAUUGAAAUAUCAAACAGAAAAUCCUUUGUAAAUCAAGUUGAAAUAAAAGUCGAAUAUAGCGAAUGUGAAAAAGAUUACGAAAUUACGGAAACAUUAUCGAAAGAAGUUGACCGGGAUGUAUUUAAAAAUGAAACAACCUUACAAGACAAGGAUGUUGAAGUUCCUGAAGUAAGUUCUGAACUUCCUACAGAACCGUCUGAAGAUAGCAUAACGCAGAAAGAUCAUACGAAUAUGAUUAAGACACUGGAUGGUAUAAAAGCUGAUGUAUUUGAGGUUGCUGAAGAAAGCGUGAAUAUUGUAGAGCCACACAAUAUUACUUUAGAAAAUGGAGAAUCUUGUGAUGAACAGUAUAAUUUGGAUUUACAAAAUAAAGUGCGGACUAUCCCGCUAUUAGAAAACCAUAUUGAGAAAGAUAAACAAAUUGAUGAAUUAGUCGAUGCAAAUAAUGAUAUAAUGGAGUCUCAGGAAAAUCAAUUUGAUAAACACGAGUCGCAUAAAGAAACUGUUGAAAAUACUAUAGAAAUUAUUGAGAGUAUUGAACCGCGUGAAGAAUGCACUCAUCAGCAACUUGUAAGGCUGGAAGACGUGUUUAUUGAACAAGAGAGACAAUACCAAUACCAUACAUCAAAAUCUGAAUACGAUGAUGGGUCAGCAAAAUUAGUUGCACAAAUACCCUCAGAAAACGUUCUAGACGACGUUCAAGACAACGCUCAAGACGUUCAAGACAAUGUUCAAGAAGACGUUCAAGACGACAUUCAAGACAAUGUUCAAGAAGAAAUUCAAAAUAACAUUCAAGAUAACAUUCAAGACAGCAUUCAAAACAGCAUUCAAGAUAGCAUUCAAAACAGCAUUCAAGACAGCAUUCAAGACAACAUUCAAGACAGCAUUCAAGACAACAUUCAAAAUAACAUCCAAAAUAAUAUGCAAGAUGAACCGACUAUUAUAUUAUCCAGAGAUGCGGAUAGUCAAUGUGAACCAAACUUUAAGCCAAAUAAUAUCGCAGAACAAGUUAGACUAGAUGACAUCACAAAGCAGGUCAAUUCAGAUAUUGUUGAUGUUAAACAGUCAAUAGAUGAAACAAUGGCCGGGUUCGUUGAGAACGUUGUGCAUGAUAAUGAAAUGCCAUCUAUAAUGUUGGUAAAAAAUCCACCAUCCGUACUUUAUGAUUCUAUAAAAUUCGAUGAACAAACCGAAUCUCUUGUUCUCACUUCGCAUAAUAUUGCAUCGGCAUCAAAAAAUGUUGAUGCAAAUUUAUCUGUACAUACUGAUCAAGAAAUUGCUUCGCCUAUUAUACCAACAACUCAAAAUGAGCAUGAUGAUAUGUCAACCGUUAAUAGUUCUGAAGAUAAUAAAGAUAACAAAAUUAAUAGAGAAUGUGUUAUAGACACUGAACAAAUAAAGUCACAGGUUGAUUUAGACGUUACAAAUUCCGAAAAGAUAAAAGAACCCGAGUAUAACGAAAUACCUCAAUUUCAAACUUCAUCAUCAGAUCAUCCUAAAAAAAGUAAAGGCAAGACACCAGUUAGAUCUUUUAAUAAAAAGAAACUUAUUGAUGAUAAAAAAAAUAGUGAAAUUAUACAACAAGAUGUUUUAACAUUAGAUACUGUAGGUAAAAAAAUUAAAGACUCGGUCAAUAGUCCACUUUUGUUUAGGCAUCAAAUUGAUCAGAGCCAAUCAAACUUAAUACAACCAAUAAUUGCUCAACAUGAUUGUUCGAGGUUGGUGGAUUUAAAAGCUACGCAACCCGGUACAAUACCUGUAGGAAUUUCGUCUUUACCAUUAGUUAAUCAAUCAAUGGCCUAUUUAAUGUAUUAUCGAAGGGUUGUUGAAUGUCUGAUUCUUACCAUUAUAUUUGAUUUUACCGCACCAUUUUUCCAACCUAUCAAUUUCUGGCUUGAAUAUUGUUGUUUCCCCGUAUUGGCUAUUGGGUUGUUUUAUUUGGAGGCAGGAUUAAAUAUGUUAUCAUGGGGUCUCUCCCGAAAACAACAUCAACGGAAUGUUAUUGCACAUUGGGAACAAUUAUCAUUUACUAAUAUUCCACGUCAGUUGUCAAUUGGCAUGGAAUCUUUAAAUAAUCCUUUGGUUCUGUCUGAUCAGCAAGAAUGUAAUUUUAAUCUAGAUAGAGCAGAGUUUCUUUUAUAUCUUUCUUCUGUUUUAUAUAAUCGAGACGAUAACAUGGUUCAUAAUGCACACGAGACAUUCACUAAAUUAAAUGCAAGGAGAAAAAAGCCAACAGACAGAGAACUACGAACAAUAUUAAACCUUCUUUAUGAUAGUGAAAAUUCAAUUAGAGAACAAAUAGAUCAGUUUGAUCUUAAAUUUACUUCUAUAUCGGAAUUGAACCAUCUUGGUGGUUGCUAUGCUGGCAUGUUUUGGUCCGAGAAAAAUAAUUUUAUUGUCGUGGCAUUUCGAGGAACAACUACAACCAGUUUUGCUCAAAUGUUAACUGACACAGCUUUCCAGCGCAUGGAUGCAAGUCCAUAUCUUUUUGGUAAAGUUCACGAAGGUUAUUUUAAAUCACUAUUUGGAACUAAUAAUGCAAAUACCUGUGCCGCAUUAAGAAUGGCAGAUACAAUUCGAAUUAAAGUUGCAGAAAUUAAUCAAAAAAAUAAUCAUCCAGUAAAUUUAUGGAUCACUGGGCAUUCUAUAGGUGCAGCAUUUGCGACAUUAUUUUAUGCUUGGUUAAUGAAAACUCCUACAAAAUUAGAUGAAAAUUGUAUUUUACGUGAUGCAUUCACUUUCGCAAGUCCACCUUGUGUUGAUAAUGAUUUUGCAGCUGAAUUUUCUUAUUUAGCUAAUGAUCCUUUAAAUUAUGGUAGAAAUUUAUGGAGGAUUGUCGCUGAUGAUGAUUUAAUUCCUAAAAUACCUCCAACAUUUGAGGAUCAAAAUGUUAGACGUUUUACCAAAAAAGUUGAAGUUUUAAAUAACGCUCAUAUUGGAAAUGAAGUUCGAUUUUUCCAUGAUGGUAGGAAACCUAUAUCAAGGCAACAAAGUUUAUUCGGAAAUAAUAAAUUAUUAGAACAUGGAUUAAAAUUUGAUGAAUUAAAAGCUUUACUUGAAAAUGAUUCAUCAAGUUUACAAAAACUUAUAUCGAGACCACAAAGAAAAUUAGAUUUUAUCGAAAAAUCUAUUCCUAAUUGUUUCUUGAAUCAUAAGUCUUAUAGAUACUUUGAAGUUUUGGAAAAAUCUAGGCGAUAUUUUGAUUUGGACAAUCAAUAA